CCUAGCCCACAGCUAACACACACACAUAAAAUUUUAAAACCUCAAAAAAAUUUUAACAAAAUUCUAAAUUUCUAAAUUUUAGUUCCCGGACCUUUUUCUACACAAGUGAAAAAUUUGGUAUUAUGCGAUUAUUUGGUAGAGUAAACAACUUUUUUAAGAUAUCCCGAUGCCUUAGCUACCACGCUCCGCUCUUCCGACCGCGCAGCCUGCUCUCCUCCAACCGUUUGAGGCAGUUGUGCAUUAGUGCCACCUCGGGAUCGAACUCUACAACCCAAACCCAAAGGACCUCUCAAUCGGGACGAAAUACUCGUGUGCAGAAAUACUCGCAGAAGGGCAACAAUGUCUUCUCGAUCAGCGAUAAUGUGGAUAUGUUGCGCAAACGGAUCAGCUUCUCGGGUUCAUCCGGUAAUUCACCCAAAAUCCUGCCCAUCGGGCUGAUUACUCCCGAAACGAAAGAUGGCAAGGAACUGAAGAUAGUCAUCGUGCCCUUGGAUCUUGCCGGCAUGGAUGCCAAUGCGCUGAAGGACACACUGGAUACCAUCAACCAGUUGCGUUUGUAUGCCAAUUACAUCGAGACCUUCUCGAGCAGCAUGGUCGAGGAAUAUGGCGCGUUGAAUGAAGCCAUCCAGGAGGUGGAAUCGGAGGAUCAGUCGCAGGAUCGGAAGAUCUGGGAGAGCUACUCCUCCGACGUCGAUGCCGUGGGAACCGCUGUGGAUGCGGGUCUGGGUGCCAAUCUUCCCUUGCAUCGCCAGGUGGCGGUCAGUAGUUGCCUUCAGAAUGCUCUGGGAAAUCCAGGCUCCUCCCUGAAAACCACCAAGUCCAUGUCGGCGAUGGCUUUACCCUCUGAAACCAUUCAGAACUCCAAACUGGAUGCCAAUCUCAAAGAGCUCGCCAACCAACAGGGUGACUUUGUGGAGGAGGUGCGAGUGGAUGUCCCACAGGAUCUGAGCAAUCGCCUAAACGAGAUGGCCGUUGCCUCCAUGGAGAUGUCCUUCGAAAUGGACAUGACCAGCCUGCAAGGUGCGCUCGAAAGUAAGGAUUCCAAGGCUGUGGCUCCGCAGGAUCCCAUGAUCUGUAUGCACACCAAGGUGGAACUGGAUGCGGCAGCAACUGCGGGACAAACUCUCCCACUCCGGUUCAACGCCUUAAUCUCGGGUGUGGUGGAAAUCGACACCCAGAAGCUUAAUCCCGCCCAGCUGACCGAGGAUAAGAUGCCGGGCUUCAACGAUGAUCUCACUUCGCUGGCUGCCAAUCUCUGCAGCACCGCCUUGGAAAAGGGCUUCGCCGGCAAUUCGAAAUCUUCGGAAACCUUCAUAGCCGAUCUGGAACUGACCAAGGAUGAGGAGGCCUCCAAGACCAGGAUCAUCGAUGCGUCCCAUAUGUCGGCGGCUACACAAAUAGGACAUCAGCGGGAGGCCCAGCAGAAGAUGGCGGAGGAGGCAUCCGCCUUGCCAGGCCUCCAGGAGGUGGAGGUACCAGUUCCCGUGGACAAGGACGGCUGCAAGCAUCCGCCCGUGAAGCCCAAGCGCAAGUGUCCUGGCAAGUGUCCAUUGAUUACAGAUCCCUGCAAGGACGAUCCCUGCGAGCGUCCGGAAAAGAAAAAGGCGCCCAAAAAGAAAGCCGUUCAGACCACGGAGAUAACAUCCCAGGCCGCCAAGGGAGGCGGAAAGAGUUCUUGUGGUAAGGACAAGAAGAAGGACCCUUGCGCCAAGAAGGAUGACAAGAAAAAGAAGGAUCCUUGUGCUAAGUUCAAGUCGGGCGAGAAGAAAGAUCCUUGUGCCAAGAAGGACGAUAAGAAAAAGGACCCAUGUGCCAAGAAGAAGGAUCCCUGUGCCAAGAAAGAUGAUAAGAAGAAAGAUCCCUGUGCCAAGAAGAAGGAUCCCUGUGCUAAGAAGGACGAUAAGAAAAAAGAUCCUUGUGCCAAGAAGGAUCCUUGUGCCAAGAAGAAGGAUCCUUGUGCCAAGAAGGAUCCUUGUGCCAAGAAAGAUGACAAGAAAAAGAAGGAUCCCUGUGCCAAGAAGAAGGACCCUUGCGCCAAGAAAGAUGACAAGAAAAAGAAGGAUCCCUGUGCCAAGAAAAAGGAUCCCUGUGCCAAGAAGGAUGACAAGAAAAAGAAGGAUCCCUGUGCCAAGGGCGGAAAGGGCGAUAAGAAAAAGAAGGAUCCCUGCGCCAAGUUCAAGAAGGGCGGCAAGGAUGGCAAGGAUAAGUGCAAGUUCUCCACCUUUUCUAGGCGUCCGGAUCCAAGCAAACGCUACCUGUCCACCGCCUUAAGUCAAGUCUUCCGGGAAUCCGAUUCCCUUCCAAAAGCUCCCCGCUUCCAAGUCUACUCCACUCUGGUGCGCCGUCACUAUCGUGUCCCCGUUCCGAGGACCUCCAACUCUUGCCAGUGCUCCCUGUGCAAGGGUCGUCUGUCGGUCGAGGCAGCUGCUCCUGCCCGCUUUACAAUCAACUCGACCCUCCUGCGACGACGCUUCGGUGGCCUUGGGGGCAGGAUCAGCUAUCGAGGAUACGCCAAGAAGAAGGGCAAGAGCGGCGGCAAGUGCGGCCAGAUGGCGCCCAAGUACCCGAAAAGCCGUGGCAAGGACAUCAAGGAGCGGACGGGUCUGCGAGAGGAUUGCUUCAGCGACGACGACGGUGGUUGUGGGGUGAAGAGCUGCACCGGCAAGUGCGCCAAGGUCAAGUUCCCCAAGAAGAAGUGCGAACGCAAGGACAAAAAGAAGGAUGACAGAAUAGGCAGUCUCUUGGCCCGGAACACCCUUGUCCAGCUGCAGCCACAACGAAGAUUGCUGAGCACACGGGUCUGUCGUAACCCAUCGUCUUCUUCACCAAAACCUGAAGAAAGGCGCCUCCUUGAGGAUAAGGCAUAUGAGCUGCGUAUCUUAAAUUCUUACGAGGUGCAGGUGGUUCCCGCUUCCAGACCUCGUCCCAAGGAUUUCGAUGUCCUUAUUCGAACGGGAUCGGUGGCCAUCUCGAACUCCGACAUCCAUGUCUUCGAGAACGGCAGUCGCAACAUGGAGGCCAUGUCCCUGGGCCACGAUGCCACGGGUUUCGUGGAGGAAGUGGGUCGCUGUGUUCAUCAUCUGCACGUGGGUGACCGUGUUGUCGUAGAGUCUGCGUUGUCCUGCGGCAUCUGCGACUUGUGCAAGCGAGGCCAAUACAACAUGUGCUCCGGUUUGGUAUACAAUGGCUUUCUGAACACCUUCCAAACGCAUCCGGCCGACCUGUGUCAUCGUCUCCCGCCGUCCAUCAGCAUGGAGGAGGGAUCGCUGACCCAAACCUUGGCGCUGGGAUGUCAGGCUUGCUUCAAGGGCAACAUCACACCCACCAGCAAUGUCCUCAUCCUGGGAUCCUGCCCAACGGCUGUGGCCGCCGGCAUUUGCGCCAAGGCCAUCGGAGCGAAGCGUGUGGCCAUCGCAGGAUGCAUGGCUCCCGCACUGGAUGUGGUUGCCCGCGACUUUGGUUUUCAGGCCAUCGAGUUCGACAGCAAUGCCCUGUUCGGCGAGGUCCUCGAGGCCAUCUACAGCAAGUUCAAGGACUGGCCAGACUGCGUGAUCAACUGCUCCAUUUCGGCCAUGACCAUGAAUCUGGCGGUGAUGGCUCUGCAGCCUUCUGGCGUUUGCGUGCUGGCCGAGUGCGAUUCGGAGUGUGCCAGCUUCAAUGCCCUGGACGUCCUGAUGAAGAACAUUCGCCUGGUGCCCAGCUUUCGGUCCGCCAAUAUGUAUCCCACUGCCAUCCAACUCAUGCGAUCUGGUCGAGCACUCAUGCACAAGUUCAUCACGGCCACAUAUCCUUUGAGCCGGGCGGCGGAGGCCUUCCGAACGGCCCAGCAUGAGUCCAACAUUGGGCUGGGGAAGAUCAUUGUUAACUGUGCGGAGGAAGCGGAAAGCGAGGAGAAUCUGCGGAGAAAUUCCAAAUCGGCAUCGUAGAAAAUUAUGGUAGUCAAAGCUGUGUAGAAAAGAAAACAACCACUUCAAUGAAUUCCCUUAUACUUGAAGUUAAUUCUCGUGUGUUUUCGAUUUUAAAUUUAGAUUUAAAAUAAAACAAAUAAAUUUUAAGUAUUGCAACAAAAA